AUGUUUCUUUCUCAUCUGCCCCCGGAAUUGAAGCUCAGCAUUGUCGAGCAUUUGGACCCAGAGUCGAGCCUCCGUUUCGCUCUUACCAACAGGUACCAUUCGAAAUUAUGUCAAGCAAUUCUGCGAGAGCAUACACGGCUUUUCGCAGAGCACUCCAUCAUCGAAGCAAACGAUGCCGGGCCUGUUGUCCUGUGGAAUGCUCUAAGAGAAAUAUUGCGGGAUCCACGAAAGGGCUGGUAUGUAAGAGAAUUGAACCUGCCCAACUCACGAGAAGAGUUGGUCACGGAUAUUAUACCAGAGGAAGACUUGAAACUCUAUAAAGAUGCAGCUCAGGAGAUCUCAUCGUUCUGUGCUUACCAACCUACCUUCUUCGCCGCUGAGCCUGAUGACGACCCUGGAGACUUUGAUGAAAGUAUGGACAAUCUCAUCGAGAGUGGCACAGAGGAAGCUGCUGUUGUCCUCCUGAUCCACCACCUUCCCCAGCUCAGGACGUUUCGAAUGACGGAUGGAGGAAGAAGAACCGGUGCAUGUCUCGAGCUGUUCAUGCACAGAGUUGCUGCAGGCUACCAAGACCCUACGUUGGCGCCACGAAUGCCAUUACAGCAUCUGAGAACCGCCGCAAUAGCCCACUAUGAUUCAGAGGGUUCUUGCAAUAUAGCUUGGGCAGUUUACUUUUUGUGUGUACCCUCGCUACGGACUUUCGCUGCGCAGUCGAUGGGCAGCGAAGGGUUGGACGAGCAUGAGGGGGGUAGCGGUUCAUAUUUGCGCAACGUUACAGGAGCGCCGGUGUCAAACGUAGAAGAGCUCAGUUUCGACUAUUGCCAGUUCGACUCACAGAGUUUGCAGGUGAUCCUAUCAAUGCUCAAGAAUCUGAAACGGUUCUCCUACCAAUCUGGUGGUGCCACAGUCGCUUAUUCAGACUACGAGCCAAGAAGGGUAAUCGAAGCACUUGCAACAUACGCUGGCCACUCACUAGAGGAGGCCGAACUACUGGGCUGUGAGAUAGGUUUCGAGGAUGGAGAUAAUGAUCUCCUGUUCACCUCGCUCCAAGGAUUCACGACGCUCAAAGCUUUACGUUGUGAAACGCGCUGGUUGCUACGUUCACACGACACUGGCCUGGGCGACGGUGAGGCACUAUCACAAGGCUUCCAUUCUGUAGAAGACGCAGAAGAGGCAAUCACAGACCCGAGAGACAAUCUUCCAGAAUCGUUAGAGGAGUUGUACUUGGAUGGUGUCUAUGAAGACGAGGAGUGGGAGCAGCUGACCGAAUUGUUCAAAAACCCCAACACAAGUACGCCAAAGUUGACCUUGGAGAAGACCUGCGUUAUGCGACACUCAAAAGCAUGGGACAGGCGCGGGGUUCAAGAAAAAGUUGGAGGCGCAGCUGAGCCCGGUAUCAGAUUUACCAACCCCCUCCACAUGAGCAUAUGGGAUGGCCACGGCUACUAG